AUGUUAGUUUUGAGAGGGCUUUAUAAAGAGAGUGAUGUGAAAUGCAAGAGUGAGCUUCGCGUUAAUAGAAGAACUUUCAAUAUUAUUUGUGAGAUGCUUAGAGACAUUGGUGGUUUGAGUGGAACAAAAAACAUGUCACUUCAAGAGAUCGUAGCCAUGUUUUUAUACACGUUGGCUCACCACAAGAAGAAUAGGUCUAUUGGACAAUAUUUCUUUAGAAGUGGAGAAACCGUGAGCCGACAAUUUCACCUUUGUCUAAGGGCUCUUCUCAAAUUACACGAAGUAUUACUUUACAAUCCCACACCAAUAUUAGAUGAUUGUGAAGAUGAAAGGUGGAAAUUUUUCAAGAAUUGUUUAGGGGCAUUAGAUGGGACUUACAUUAAUGUAAAUGUGCCUUCACAAGAACGACCAAAAUAUAGAACAAGAAAAGGAACAAUUGCUAUGAAUGUAUUGGGUGUUUGUGCACCCAAUUUGCAAUUUAUUUAUGUUCUUCCUGGUUGGGAAGGUUCGGCCCAUGAUAUGCGUGUACUUCGCAAUGCUCUCUCUAGACCAAACGGUUUUAGGGUACCUCGAGGUAAUUAUUAUUUGGUUGAUGCGGGAUAUACGAAUUGUGAGGGUUUUCUUGCUCCAUAUAGAGGUCAAAGAUACCAUUUAAAAGAAUGGACGGAUCAACAACCCGAAAGUGUCGAGGAGUUCUAUAACAUGAAACAUGCUAGGGCGCGAAAUGUGAUUGAGAGAUGUUUUGGCCUACUUAAAGGAAGAUGGAGUAUUCUUAGAAGUCCUUCAUUUUUCCCUAUAAGAACUCAUGGACGUAUCGUGAUGGCUUGUUGCUUAUUGCAUAAUCUAAUUAGAAAAUUCAUGCCUACGGAUGAUAUAAACGAAGAUGAAUUGAAUGAAUCCGAUGAUGAUUCCGAAAGUGAUUCCGAUGAUGAAAGGGAAUUUAUUACAAGUGUUGCUACUUCGGAUCAUUGGACCAAUUUUAGAAACAAAUUAGCCCAAGAUAUGUUUAAUGAUUGGAGGGCGAGAGGUAGACAUGGUCAAUAG